AUGUGUAGACAACAGGUCCUCCAGGACUUUUGCACCUAUGCUGAACACGACGGCGAGGAUCGUUGGUUGGGAGUUGCAAGACCCGGCAAGAUCACCAAGUGUUCUGCGGCAAGAAGAACAGGAACCUGCGCAGCCGGGGUUCAAGACAACUCCAUUCGUACCAAAGUAGAAGCGCGUUGCCGUCCCUGUGAGCAACUUGAGCUGCAGAGACAGGAGCAAUUCACGUACCAGGAGAAUUACUACAAUCCCAUGCCUGACUACGACGACAUUGACGACGACCCAAACUACACUUACUCGAAUCAGCAACAACAAUGA